UUAUCACACUAACGUAGGCACCCUUUAAAUAAAGGGGGCUGACGUUGCCCUUUCAAUUGUUUACGCAUAACACCUUCCUACUGCAUUCACUGGAAAUUUCCUAGGCAGAAACGUACAGAAGUCCAGUCAAUGUACUAUAUAAGCCGUGGUCGCAUCCGUCUCUCACGAAAACGCCACCCACUUCUCCCUUCUGAUGGUCAAACAGAUUAUAUCAUAAUAAUAUUCCACCCCUUUGAAUUUCAACUGUUGUAUAAUUUCAUCAGACUAGCUUUCCAUUCCCUCCUUUCAGGCAUUUCCAAUUUCAAAACAUAAAAAUUUCGUCUUCUGAAAUAUCAAACUAUUUUAAUCUCCGUGUCCCAUUGAGCUUCAAAAAGUUACUAUGCCUACGCCUACCCACUUUCUCCUAAAACUACCCGUCUCCUUCCCCAUCAUCUUCCACUAUUUGGUCACGGUAAUAUUACUUUCCACCCCUGUUCUCGGCGAGGAUGAUCACCGAUACACCGAGUGCCGCCGCUACUACGACUGCGGCCUCCUCAAAAACAUCUCCUACCCCUUCUGGGCUGCCCAAGGCCCUCCCCAACACUGCGGCCUCGAAUACUACGAGCUCACCUGCCGAGAAGAUCAAUUCCCUGUCAUGAAAAUUGAAGACCAAGAUUUUCUUGUGUUGAACUUUAGACAGUUUUACACCAUGACAAUCGCUCGCUCAGAUCUCUGGGACACCUCCUGCACUGACCACAUCGUCAACACCACCUUGGACUACGACCGGUUUUCCUACGUCCCAUCUGUUCGGAACCUGACGCUGCUCUACGGCUGCCAGCCGGGGAACAUGUCCGUACCCAAUGGCUUCGCUUGCAAGGCAAAGGGUACGGACCGCGACGAUAUUUCGUACUAUGUCGACGACAAUUCUUCGAGGAUUCAUGUGGGAAACUGGGCCUCGUGUUAUUUGAAUUUUCGAGUUCCGAUUAGGUGGGAGGGUGUGGACUUUAUGCCUGACACGCCGAAUAAGCUCAAACAAGUUUUGAAACAGGGGUUUCAGGUGAGGUACGAGGCGGAGUGGGAGCUCUGUCGGCUAUGUGUAUUAUCCAAUGGAACCUGUGGGUCAAACUCGAAUUCUAAUUCGUUUGUCUGUUAUUGCGGCGAUGGAAUAUGUUCGCUUUCUGGUGACAAUAAUUCUUUGAACUGGAAGAGGAAGGUUAUUGUAGGUGUUUGCACAGCUGUUGCUACCGUCGCUAUAAUGUGUGUUAUUUUCUUUGUAUACCAACGUCGAAACAGAAAACUAAACGAUCCAUCGUCCCUUGUAACUCGAAGCAUCCUUUCGAGUACCUAUUCUAUGGACGACGAUAUGGAGAAGGGAAGUACCUACCAUGGAGUACAUAUUUUCAGCUACAAGGAACUUGAAGAAGCAACUAAUUAUUUCGAUUCUGCGAAAGUACUUGGCGAUGGAGGCUUUGGCACAGUUUAUCAUGGAAAUGUGCGGGAUGGGAGAGCGGUUGCGGUCAAGCGUCUAUAUGAAAACAAUUUCAAGAGAGUUGAGCAGUUCAUGAAUGAAAUCGAGAUUUUAGCCCGCCUGCGCCACCAAAAUCUUGUGUUGCUCUAUGGUUGCACCUCUCGUCACUGCCGAGAACUCCUCCUUGUGUACGAGUACAUUCCUAAUGGAACUCUUGCUGAACAUCUUCACGGAGAAAAAGCAAAACCUGGCUCGCUUCCAUGGCUUACUCGAAUAAAGAUUGCCAUCGAAACCGCGAAGGCACUGUCAUAUCUUCAUGCAUCUGACAUUAUCCACCGUGACGUGAAAACUACGAAUAUUCUCCUUGACAACUUCUUCUGUGUCAAGGUAGCAGAUUUUGGACUAUCUCGCCUCUUCCCCAUGAACGUCACGCACAUCUCAACUGCUCCACAAGGGACUCCAGGUUAUGUUGAUCCCGAGUAUAACGAAUGCUACCAGCUUACGAGUAAGAGUGAUGUCUAUAGCUUUGGUGUGGUGCUGAUUGAGCUCAUAUCAUCCAUGCCAGCCGUUGACAUCACGAGGCAUCGACACGAGAUCAAUUUGUCUACCAUGGCAAUCAACAAGAUUCAAAAACAAACAUUACAUGAGCUAGUAGACCCAUACUUAGGGUUUGAAUCAGACUCCAGAACACGAAAAAUGAUCAUUGCUGUGGCCGAACUAGCAUUUCGCUGUCUGAAUAGUGACAAGGACUUGAGACCUUCCAUGAUUGAGGUGCUUAACGAACUAAAGCGUAUACAGAGCGAUGAUUUUGACAUACAAAAAGCAGAGGAGAUUGAUAUUUCAGCAAUCGAUAUUGUGCCGUUAAAGAGUGAUCCGCUGCCUGCUUCACCAGAUUCCGUGGCAUUCAAAUGGACUAGCGUGUCUACGACACCAAAUGCCAGCGGCUAAGUAAACUUUAUAGUUCUCGUCCAUAAGUCGUGGCUGUCAUGUUGUAUUCGUCUACCGGAUUUGUGAUUUGUUGAAUGAGAUGUAUAUAUUAUGAGAGAGCUCAAAGAGAUGUAUGUAUGGUAAGGCAGAUCCGUGUUUAGUGCAGUUUUGAGGCUACAAGGUUACAUUGGUUGUCUAUUUGCAACUCAUCCAGUUAAGGCAAACGAUCAUCCUUGUUUUUGAAGAAUGUUAAGUCUCACAUCAAAAACCUAUCGAAUCAGAUACAACUCAUGUUGAAUGGUUUCACCAUUAAUUUCAUUGAACUUUUUUUUU